AUGGAUAGUCAACUACUGAUAAUGAAGAACUUGAAAGAAAGUGUCAAUUGGGAGAUUGAAAAACAGCGUGUUGAGUUACUCGAUAAAUUGGACGAUCUGAUCUCGACAUGGAAGGGCCCACUGCCCGACCUCCUAGACGUCUUUCGCUCCGAAGAAAUCGAGCGUCUUCUCGUGGAUUCGAUAAGUUACGAGCCAAAGGAAGAAAAGUUUUUCAUUCGUUUUUCAUUCAUUCGUUUCGUCGCUGACAGCGGCUACAAAGACAGGCUCGAGGAGGGCGAGUCAUCGUCGCGCCGCACCACAGCGCUGCAUCUGGCGGCUAGACGCAACGAAAUCGUAAUUGAUUGCGAGCUCUUUCGAGAAUACAACUCCAUCAUGAUCUUGAAACUUAUUCAAAUUUACGACAGAUGCGACGUGAAUUACGUCGAUGAAUUCGGAUUGACGCAUUUCCAUGUGGCCUGCCAUUACGGCUGCGCCGACGUGGUAGAGAAAUAUCUCGAGCUCGGCGAGGAUCCAAAUUGCCUCCUCGUGGGAAAGGGUGAUUCUCCGCUACAUUUGGCCCUGUACGGACGUCACGUCGAAGCGGCACAAGCGCUGGUGAGAGCCGGCGCCGAUCCAAAUUUUGCCAACGCGACGGGAAUGACGGCUCUGCACAUCAUAUGCCAACGGGCGAAAGGCCCCUUUGACCUCGCCAUGUUGAAGACGUUGCUCGAGCUCACUCACGACAAAUAUCGGCCCGUGCAAGUCAAUGCUCGCGACGAGUUCGGUAAAACACCGCUGCAUUAUGCUGUAGAGCAACUAGAUGAAAAAUUGUUCGAAAUCUUAUUGAAAAAUGAGGCAGAUUCACAUUUAUCCGACUACGAGGGAUUAACACCUUUGCAUAUUAUUUUCAAGACACCGCGUCGACAAUACUCUAGAACCUUCAAGAAUAUGUUACUUGCGAUCUUCAAGAAGAUAAGUUCGCCGGAGCAAAUCAACGCCCAGGACAAAUUGGGUAAAACGCCGCUUCACUAUGCUCUGGAGCAGCAACAGGCUGAAUUCUUCGAAAUCCUUGUGGAAAACGGGGCUAAUCCAAAUUCGGCUGACUUCGAAGGAUUGACUUCCUUGCAUAUUAUCAUCAAACAAAAUUGGGGCAGUAAAAACUACGAGUCCUUUACCAAUAAAUUUUUUGAUAUCAGCCGGGCAAAAGGUCAGCCGGUGCAAAUUGAUGCCCGGGACAAGAAGGGCCAGACACCACUUCACUAUGCCGUGGUCAAGAGGAAUGAACAAAUCGUAAAAUGGUUGCUGGAAAAAGGUGCCGAUGCGACUUUGGCAGACACAGAGGGAUUGACACCUCUUCAUAUUACUUGCGACUCCCUCGUGGCACAUUACAUCCUUCAGAUUAGUAGCAAAAAACAGCAGAAAGUGCAGGUAAACGCCCAGGACAAGUUGGGCCGGACACCGCUUCACUAUGCUGUGUGUACGGACCGCAGAAACUAUGUAACGAUGCUGCUGGCAAAAGGCGCCGAUCCUAAUUCGGCCGAUUCAGAAGGAGUCACGCCUCUGCAUAUUAUUUGCCAGAAAAAGUACGAUGACGGAAUGGCGGAAUUUUUCUUCGAGAUUUGCAAACAAAUAAAUCGAACGGUCCAGGUCAACGUCCGAGAUAUGUUGGGCCGGACACCGAUGCAAUGGGCUGUGGCUCAAUUUUCGCCAAGUGCCGUUGAUGUGCUCUUGGCUCAUGGUGCCGAACUAUCUGGUUUCGUUUUUCCUACUGGGAGUCGCUUCGACAGAAAAUUUAAAGGGCGAAGUGCUUGUAGUAAAAUUCAAGUGGAUUGGAAAUUAAAAUUAGCGUCCGGUGCUCUAAUGAUCGUCGAGCGCCUCCAAAAUGCAGGAUACGAAUGGAACCGAGACGACGCCCUAGAAAUUAUGAAAUUAUUCAAAAAGUACGGAAUGUUCGAGCAAUUGGAAGAAAUGGAAAAACGUUGGUACGUUGGCGAGAGGUUUACGAGUGCAGCAAAAAAGAUAAUGAUCGUUCCUAGUCUGUCACUCUACGAUCUUAUACGGUUGCGACCCGAAGAGGCGGACAAACACGCCCUCACGUUUGAGGACUACUACUCGAUCGAAAUGCAUCGACUACCUCUCAGGUCUAGGAAGGCUUGCUCUGCACAUCUGGCCGAGAAAGUAGCGAGAGGAUUUUUCCGUGCUUGGGCCCUGGAACCUUUCACGCAGCUGAUACACUGGCGAUUGCCGCAGGAGAACUGCGAAAUGAUCCUCGAAAAAUCGCUCAUGAAUAAAGAUUUUUAUAAUAUUUGCUUGGCGGCAACAGGCCAAAGCACGUGA